AUGUACGGCAAUGCUGCUGUGCUUCAGCGAUUACUGAUUGAGGCUCAAUCAUGUUCGCCGCAAGAGGGCGUCUACCCUUCAACUGCUCUGGCGUCGACACGGCAUGUCCUUUCUUUUAGGAGACCUUUCCAUUCCGCGACCAUUCGCCUGCAACAACAGAAACAACAGUCGCAGACCGAAGACGCGGGAAAGUCUAGUUCCUCUGGUUCGGAGUCGGAUGAGGCUUCGGAGUCGCGGGAGGAACGCAGAGAUGCUCCUCCCCCUCCACCCCAUGGUGACAAGACGCCGUGGCAGGUCUUCACAGAGACUCUACAAUCCGAAUUCAAAAAGUCGAAGGAGUGGAAUGAGUCGACCAAGGCCCUCGCGUCCUCUGCACAUCAGUUUGCCGAGAGCGAAUCAGUGAAGCGAGCCCGCGCCGCCUACGAAGCUGCUUCUGGCGUUGCUUCAUCGAAGACGUCCUCCGUCUUGAAGUCAACUGGAAGAGCAAUCGGUCAGGGAGCAGCCUGGACAUGGGAAACUCCUGUAGUGAAGGGGAUUCGAAAGGGAGUCACAGCAACUGGCAGGGGGAUCGAGAGGAUCACUCGGCCAGUCAGAGAGACUGAGGCUUACAAGAGCGUUAAAGAGACGAUUGAUGACGGCAGCAGCUACCGUUAUGGCGGAUGGAUAGAGAAGGAGGAGCGUCGCCGACAGAGACAGCUCCGUGAACAGAAUCAACUGAAGGCAGGGGUCAAGGUUGAAAAGAUGGAGGCAGACCCAAACGCCGGCACAAGUCUUACAGUUCACAAGGACUCAGCAUGGAAGGAGUCGUGGCGCCAAUUUCGGGAUAACAAUCCCUUGAUGCAAAGGCUCUUCUCUCUGAAGGAGACAUACAAUGAGUCCGACAACCCCUUGAUUUUAACCGCUCGCAGCAUCUCAGACAAGAUCGCUGGGUUCUUCGCCGAGAACGAAACCGCCAGGGUCAUUAAGAAGUUCCGUGAAAUGGACCCCAGCUUCCAGCUCGAGCCGUUCCUACGAGAGAUGCGCGAAUAUAUCCUCCCGGAAGUAUUAGACGCUUAUGUCAAGGGCGACAUUGAGACCCUCAAACUCUGGCUGUCGGACGCGCAGUUCCACGUGUACUCGGCUCUGAUGCAGCAAUACAUCAAUGCCGGACUCAAGUCAGACGGCCGUAUCCUGGAUAUUAGAAACGUUGACAUUGCUCACGCUCGCAUGCUGGAACCGGGUGAAAUUCCCGUUUUCGUUGUCACUUGCCGUACUCAAGAGGUUCACGUCUACAGAAAUGCGAAGACAAACGAGCUCGCUGCCGGAAUGGAAGACAGGGUGCAGCAAGUCACCUACGCAAUUGGCGUCACCAGAAUCCCAGAGGAUGUCAACAACCCUGAGACUAGGGGAUGGAGAAUGAUUGAGCUCCAAAAAUCCGGAAGAGACUAUAUUUAA